GUCUGGAAGCGUGCUGGGGUAUAGCUCACCGCGCUAAGCCCGCGUUCGUAUGCUUUAUAUAGGGAUUUCGUUGAGGAGUUUGACGUACAUCUUCAGAAAACUUGUUGGAGUAUUGGUAUGCCACCAAUGGUAAUCUUGGAUUACUCACGAUCAGCGCCAUUGGUCUAUAUGAGAUGCAAAGGAUCAGCUUCAGCUCCUUAAAUUAAUGUAAACUGUCGACGCCAUGGCAUUCAAACUAGGUGGAUCCUAUUCUCAGCCGCCCAUAACAUUGCCAUUGACGAAGCUGUAUUUAAGGCAAGUGCAUCCCGUCUGCAAUGUAGGUUUCCGUUUGACAUCUUCCUCACUCUGUUGGCCCUACCUGCUUGUCGAUUCCUAUUCCGUCUUCUGGUCUCUUUUGCAAACCAACACCCCCCCUUGCUCUCUCAUAAUGGCCGAAAUAUGGGCGGAUCAGCCCUUCAAGAUAAUCCCAACUAUGGUGAUGAGAGAUGUGAAGGUUAACCCGACUGUGUACCAUAUUGCAAACGAAAUGGUGCUUGCCCAUAAUGCCAUGAUUCGCUCCUUGAACGCGAUGUAUCUGCAGGCGCCGUAUCUCAAAUCAGAGGCUGAUAGCGGUGACCUCCUCUUAUAUGCCAAAUUUUGGAUCGAAUGGAUUCACCAUCACCAUGAGUGUGAAGAAGAAAUCCUAUUCCCCGGCUUCGAGCGCGAGUCUGGCGUCGAGGGAAUGAUGGCUGCCAACGUCGUGCAGCACCACGAGUUCGCCCCAGGCUUCGACAUUUGGGUGAAAUACGUCAAGGACUGCCUGGACGCCAAAUCCGAGGAGCGCUUCGAAGCCGACAAAUUCCGCCAGCUCAUCGACGGGUUUGCGCCGAAACUGACGCUGCACUUGGCAGAUGAGAUCCCAACUCUACUCUCGCUGGACAAGUAUGACGAGAAGAAAAUGCACACGGUCUAUAUGGAGUUCGAGAACGUGAUAAAGAAUGCGGAUUUCAAGAAGGACGAGCUAUAUCCGCUUGUCGUUGGAUCGCAUGACAAGGGAUUUAAAGGAGGCGAAAAAUUUCCUCCAGUACCGCAAUUCGUGAUAUAUCUAGUUGCUUACUGGCUAUCCAGGAAGUAUCGGUCAGUCUGGAGAUUUAACCCUUGCGAUUUCUUCGGAAAGAGACGGCCGCUCUUCUUUGGUCCAACCUUGGAGGGUCAAUGAUAUGUAUUUCCGUGGCGAAGCCGUCGAUCUUUUGGAGGCAAAUGCAGUGUAUGGAGUGGCCUAGUUUGAAGGGUUGAUCUUGCUCAAAUUUAGCAAGGGAUUUGAAUCCUCCAUUUCUGGUGAUGGCGCAGGUUUGUAUGUACUGUAUGUAGUUCAGCGUUUGACAAUACCAACAUCCUCAUUAUAUGAAACAUCC